AUGGAAGCAACCCGAAGAAAAAUUGCACAAGUUUGUCAAAAGAACGACAAGUUAAUCUUUCUCGAUCAUGAACUUGGUCAUGAUGAACACUUGUAUCAAUGUCCUGAAACAGGUGGUGUUGUGAAACUAGGUGAUAAAACUCUCACCAUCAACGAUACUAUUCAAAUGCAUGAAAAUUUUGUGAACAAGCUCAAAACUAUGGCAUUUGAUGAAGCGUGUGAAUAUGCGAUUUGUGUACUCACGCACCAUGCUCCCUAUUUAGAAAAUACAGUAUUAGAAGAUGAAAAACCGUUGGAGACUGCAAUGGGAACUGAUCUUUCUUAUUUGUUUCAAAAACGAUCGAAUAUAACUUUUUGGGGAUUUGGUCACACGCAUCGAAAUGCAAGAAUUUCAUUGCCGAAUAAAAAAUCUGAAGGAGGAAAAACAAUUCUAGCCACCAAUCAGCUGGGAUACAUUCUAAAGUUGGGAUUGGAGAAAAUUAAAUAUGAACAAACAAAGGAUGGAGAAUCUGCUGUGGCUACAAGUCAAUUGGGAAAGGAAGUAGAAAAUACAGACCUACCUUAUUCGAAUGAUGUAGUGUUUCGAAUUCCGUUACUGAGAACGAACACUCAAUGUAAUUCUUCGAAAUCGAUCUACCAUGGUGAAUGA